CUUUUACACUCCACCUUUUCCUCCCACGCUGACAGCUUUUUACCUUCCAACCUUUGGAGGGCCGAGAAGAUGGAAAAAAUGGAACAAAUCACGGUGGACCCUGAUUUAUACUCUAUGGUCGCUGGCUACGGCAUGGAUCCGCAGGACCUUCAGUCGGAUACAACCUCUAUUUCGUCUACGAUCGCGAGGGGACGGCUGGAAAACGGCCGAAGAUACCAAGCCAUUAAAGAAGACGACUACUGGGGUCCUUCUGAUGAGCAGCAAUUCGAGGCGUUUGAGAUUGGCCAUAUGAUGUUUCUUGUGCUAGAUCACGAGCAGCCGAAUCCUCUUUUCCGCGCCCCUAUCGGCGAUUCGCCUAAGAAUAUUUUAGACAUCGGAACUGGCCAAGGGAGUUGGGCAAUUGACGUUGCCGAUCGCUAUCCGUUAGCUACCGUCCGCGGAGUGGAUAUUUUUCCCCCACCCGUGUCAUGGACGCCCCCGAACUGCAUCUUCGAGGUGGAUGAUGUGCUUCGCGAGUGGACAUGGAGAGAGCCAUUUGACUUUAUCCAUAUGCGCCUAAUGUAUGGCGCAUUCCUUCCCGAGGGAUGGCACAAGCUAUACAAACAGGCCUACGAUGCCCUCGAGCCUGGUGGAUGGAUCGAACAAAUGGAAUUAGACGUGCGAAUCUACAGCGAUGACGGCACCUUGAAGAAAGAACACCUGCUAUAUGGGUGGGGUGACAUGUUUAUCAGAAUCUCCGAGCGAGCUGGAAUGUCACUCAGAACCCAUGAAACGAUGCGCAGCGCAAUCGAGGAAGCCGGGUUCGUGGACGUGCAUGAGGAACAGUACAGGAUUCCCAUAGGACCUUGGGCCAGGGAUAAUACACUGAAGGAGGCUGGACACCUCCAGUAUGCCCAUUGGAACGCCGCUCUAGAAGGUUGGGUGAUGUGGCUUCUCACUCACUUUGGCGAGCCGGAGCCAUGGACAAAGGAGGAGGUGCAUGUGUUUCUGGCCAAAGUGCGCAAGGAGUUGAACAAUCCGCACAUUCAUGCUUAUGAACCCGGGAACCGCGUGUGGGCAAGAAAGCCUACUAGGGAGGAAUUGAAAGCGAAGGAGGCAAUGAUCAAGGUCGAGACAUCGCCGUAAAGCUGUUUUGAAUCUUCUUGCAGGUGGAGAGAGUAUUUUUUGUUUUUCGCAUUCGCGGAUUCUUGAAGCCACUUUUUUCGUAGUUACCAGCUGUUUUCGGUGAUGUUUGUUCUCAUUCCGUACUCUCGACAUCUACACUUAAAUAUUCAGGAGAUGCCUACAUAUUCAAACAACGCCUCUCAUCCAAGGAUUGGUCGCUUCCCGACAGACUACCCAGUUACCUAGGUAGUUGCGGGCGAGCUUAUUGAUUAUAUACUACUUAGGGGCAGACGGGUGCUCCAGGGCUCA